AUGGGGAGCAACCUCAUGUGGAUCAGGGAAGUCACCCUGCUUGGCUUCCAGAUGGAGUCAGCACUGGAGUUUGUACUCUUUGGACUCUUGUGUCUGUUGUAUGCCCUCACCCUUCUGGGGAAUGGCAUCAUCCUGGGCCUUGUCUGCUCAGAUUGUAGACUGCGCAGCCCCAUGUCCUUCUUCCUCUCCCACCUGACCAUCAUUGACAUCUAUGCUUCCAACAAUGUCCCCCAGAUGCUGGCAAACUUAGUGACCCAGAAUAGAGCCAUCUCCUUUGUCCCAUGCAUCAUGCAGACCUUUUUGUAUUUGAAUCUUGCUGCUACAGAAUGCCUGAUUUUGGUGGCCAUGUCCUACUAUAAGUAUGUGGCCAUCUGCCACCCCCUGCAGUACACUGUCAUCAUGAGCUGGAGAGUGUACAUGGCCCUGGCCGUCUCGUCCUUGGUGUUUAGCUUCCUCCUGGCUCUGGUCCCUUUAGUUCUCAUCCUGAGGCUGCCCAUCUGUGGGCCUCUUGAAGUCAACCACUUGUUCUGUGAGAUCCUCUCUGUCCUCAAGCUGGCCUGUGCUGACACUGGGCUCAACCAGCUUGUCAUCUUUGCUGCCUGUGUCUUUGUCUUAGUCGGGCCCCUCUGCUUGGUGCUGGUCUCCUACACACACAUCCUCUGGGCCAUCCUGAAGAUCCAGUCUGGGAAGGGCCGCAGGAAGGCCUUCUCCACCUGCUCCUCCCACCUCUGUGUGGUCGGGCUCUUCUUUGGCUGUGCCAUUGUGGUUUAUAUGGUCCCUGACUCCAGUCAACAAGGGGAGAAGAAUAAAAUUCUAUCCCUCUUUCAUAGUCUCUUUAACCCCAUGCUGAACCCCCUCAUCUACAGCCUGAGGAAUGCUCAGGUGAAGGAGGCCUUGGGUAGGGUGCUGCAGGUGAGGUCCAGGUGA